AUGGGCGACGGUGAUCACUUACCAUCAGGCAACGGCACGAUAGACUUCCCCGAGUUCCUGACGAUGAUGGCGCGCAAGAUGAAGGACACGGACAGCGAGGAGGAGAUCCGCGAGGCGUUCCGCGUGUUCGACAAGGACGGCAACGGGUUCAUCUCCGCCGCGGAGCUGCGCCACGUGAUGACCAACCUCGGAGAGAAGCUCACCGACGAGGAGGUCGACGAGAUGAUCCGCGAGGCCGACAUCGACGGCGACGGACAGGUCAAUUACGAGGUCUGCGCGCAAUGUUCUACGCCUGAUAACUUUGCAACUCUUAAGUCCCUGCGACACUACUUCGAACGAAGUUCUAGAACCACUUUUUACCGCUCAUGGCAUGACGACCCCACACUUUACGCAUUUUUCCUUUCGUUGUUACUUCCCAUGACACUCGAUGACUGUGUAUCAAAGAUAUGGGAGUUGUAA